AAACCAAUAUCAGGAUGUCCAAAUUCUUGGAAAGAAGGAAGGUUGCGUCAGCAUCUGGAAGACGAUACAGAAUUAAUGCAGAGUUCAUUUUCUCCUAAUUUUCAUAUGAAUGCUACUCUAGUCCGAAAAAAAAUUCUUGAUAGAGAAUUUUGCACUAAAAUAUCCGCAAGUCCCGAUACCCAAGAAAAUAUUCUAUGGCAAAAAGGUUCCUACUGUAUCUACAGAAAACGCUAUGUAUGUCCGGAUAACAUGGUAAAAGGAUCAAUACAGUGGGAUGACGAGGACGACGAUGUUGGAAACGAUAGAGUGGAGGGCGUUAUCCCCUAUUUUAGUAUAAGUGGCCAUAGCUCUGAAAAUACAGUGUUAUAUUACUGUUGCCAAAUUGAAGGGAAAUGGUAUAAUUCUAUUCAAUUGCCAACUAGAAAGCCAUUCUAUCUUUUACCGUAUGGAUCACGAAACUGUCAACGUGUAGUAGGAGCUGUUAGUUCUUUGGAAUACAUCGUUUUUGACACUGAAGAUACUGGCAAUGUAGAUUAUUUUAGGGGGCAUCACGUGUUCACUAAUGAGAACAAAAGUACCCCGAUAAUAUUCUACUGCUAUUAUGAAGGUUGUCAGCACAAGUUACAAAGUGAUCAUGGGACGUUUGCAUCUUCAAAUUUUUUCAACGGUGCAUAUCCAGAUUUUCAAUUCUGUUCUUGGUCAAUUACAGUCAACGGGUCUCUGCCAAUUUCACUGAAAUUCCAAACCAUCCACGUUCCUGAUUGUAAUAAUAAUUAUCUGGAUAUUUAUGAUGGACAAACUGCCAAUGGAUCAGCACUUUUAUCCAGGUUUUGUGGCGAGAAUGCCACUUCAGGAACCACAUUGAUUUCAAUAACAAGUCAAUUGUACAUCGUUUUCAAAUCUGGAAACAACACCGUCAGUGGCGAAAAAAACUCACAAAAAGCCCUCGGAUUUUAUGCAGUGUAUGAAUCUUUGCUACCAACAGUUUCAGCAAAGACAUCACUUUCAGUGAGUAUAAGUAAAAGUUUUGAUGGAAGAGGAAAAUAUUCAAAAAACAGCAGCAGUGGAAAAACGGUUAUAUAUUUAUCUGUAAUACUUCCAAUCAUUGCAACAUUGGCAAUACUGGGGGUCUUAGCGGUGGUAUUUUAUCGAAGACGAAAUCUGAAAUUAGAUGAUAGUCCGGUGGGAAAAGAAAAUAUGCAAUCUGGACCAACCUCGAAAAGGUGUCGUACGUUAGAUGGACACCGUGUUACCUCGAAAUCAAAAUUAAACCCAAUUUAUGAGCCUGGCGCUGAUUCAUUGUAUGGAGAUGAUAAUGAGGCAAACGAGACGCGCAACGCAACAGACAAUAUUCUCUAUGAAUCUGGCAAUGAAAAGGACUGCGCAGUCUACGAGUCCGCUGGAAAUGAAAUAUUCGAGGCGAAUCCUAUAUAUCAAGGGAUUGAUGGUGAUGGUGAUGUUGAUUUAACGUAUUCGGAACCAAACAAGUAAAAAUUAUACAGUAGAUAUUUAGAUUGUAUACUGACUUAAUAACAAAAAUAGGAGGCAAAAAUAAUGAACUUAUAAUGCAAAACUUAACAAUAUCCCGUUAUAAUUGCAUAAAAUAAUUGAAUAUUAUUAUGGUAUGGAAAAAAAAUCAACCG